AUGCAGCGACUUCCCAGCCACCACAUCUCCCCCCUCCCUCCCCCGGGGCCCCCCUUUGUCUUCUUCACAACCGCCGACUGGCCUAAGAGGGGAGAGAAGUGGGAAGCCCACGUGUGGGACAAGCACGGGGCCCGGAAGAAGGGCGCACCAGGGAUCAGCCGGAAAAAGGGUGCCCAGAUCUACCUGGGGGUGUUCACCACGGAGGUGGCGGCCGCACGAGCGCACGACAUCGCGAGUAUCUUGAUCGGUGGUCCUGAGAGCUUUACCAACUUCCCACGGGACGACUACGAUGAGAUGAAGUCCCUGCCCCCGCUCAACAAGAAGGAUCUGGCCUUCAUGCUCAAGGACCAACGUAUCCGUGCCGUGCCCCGGUACCGCGGAGCAGUUCAGUACCAUCCGCAAGAUCCCUGGGAGGCUUGGAUUCGCAAGAUGUGCGGCAAUGACUGCCCGCUGCCCGCUGCCCGUGGGCUUCCGGGAUGGCGUUAA